CAGGACCACGCCAAGAAGACGGUGACGACGGAGUCGCACCCGCAUCUGUCAAGCGCACCCAUGCCCUCCAUCCAUCCCUGCAAGCAGGCCGAUGUGAUUCGCAAACUGAUGGAGACCAUGGCCGAGGGAGGCGCCGAGCUGGGUGUCCACCAGUACCUCCUGAUCUUCCUAAAGUUCGUCCAGACAGUCAUACCCACGAUUGAGUAUGACUACACCCGAAACUUCAAGAUCUCCUAA